AUGCUGCCAUCCACAUGCUACCCCCACAAUCCGGCAACUUCCAUUUGCACCAAAUUCAUCCAUACAUCUACCAACAAGAACCGGUGUCCGAUCAAUGUGGUUCGGUGGACACCAGAGGGUCGCCGGCUGAUUACGGGAGCUUCCAGCGGGGAGUUUACCCUGUGGAAUGGCCUAACAUUCAACUUUGAGACGAUUCUACAGGCGCACGACACUGCUGUACGUGCCAUGACCUGGUCCCGAAACGAUACCUGGAUGAUCACCGGCGAUGCCAGCGGCACCAUCAAGUACUGGCAGUCGAACAUGAACAACCUUAAAGUGGUGCAGGGCCACCGGGAAAGCGUCCGGGAUAUCACAUUUUCGCCCACCGACAACAAGUUUGCCUCGUGCUCGGAUGACCAGUUCAUCAAAAUUUGGUCUUUUGCAGAUGCAGUAGAAGAGAGAGUGCUGCAGGGCCACAACUGGGAUGUCAAGUGCAUUGAUUGGCACCCUACCAAGGCUUUGCUCGCAUCGGGCUCCAAGGACAAUCUUGUCAAGCUCUGGGAUCCCAAGAAUGGCAAGCCACUAACGACACUACAUGGCCACAAGAACACGAUUCUCGGUAUCGAGUGGAAUCGCAACGGAAACUGGCUCGUGACUGCCUCGCGUGAUCAGCUCCUCCGCGUAUAUGAUAUUCGAAUGAUGAAAGAGCUGCAGAUGUUCCGUGGACAUAAAAAAGAAGUGACAUCGGUCGCUUGGCACCCCGUCCAUGAGAACCAGUUUGUGAGCGGUGGAUCGGAUGGGUCAAUUCAUUACUGGCAGGUCGGAGUCGAGCAGUCGAUCGGAGGAGUUGAAACCGCGCAUGAUUCGACGGUCUUUUCGCUCGACUGGCAUCCGCUUGGCCACAUCUUGGUCUCGGGCUCAAAUGACCACACCACUCGAUUCUGGACACGCAAUCGACCGGGUGACCAAAUGCAGGACCGAUUCAACAUGUCUCGAGGAGACGCCGAGGCUCUCGGGCUGAUGGAAGAUCAGCACAAUGACGACCACGAUGGUUCGUAUCUCCUGCAGUCGACAGGGACAGCUGGGCAGUUGUGGCAACGCUAG